UGCAAAAAUGGCAAUUUAAUGACGAUUAUCUAGAUAGAAAUCACGUCAGCUUAUAUAAGUAAACUAGUUAGCUCAAAGUUAUCAGUUGAAAAAGAAUUGUGACCUUUGACGAUGGCCGAAGUUAAAGUUAAUAUUUCUGAGAAUGAACAAACACCUACACCAAGAAACUUUUUCGGUGUUAGACACUUUCAGAGUGUUUUGUUGUUCUUCACUCUUUUAGUGGCCUUCGCAAUACGUACUACUCCGUCAGUCGCUAUUAUCUCGAUGACUGAAAAAAAUCCCCCGGAUCCGAGCAUACCAACUUACCCAGAAUGGGAUGACACAGAUAUCAUCUUGUCCUCAUUUUUCUGGGGGUACAUACUAACCCAACUCGGUGCCGGCCAACUCAGUGAAUACUUCGGACCCAAGUGGUUCCUCGUUGGUACCAUGACCAUCGGCUCCCUCUUCCACAUAGUCAUACCACCAAUGGCGGCCACUUUUGGUUCCGUCGGAGUGAUGAUUUGCAGAAUGAUCCAAGGCUUAACCCAAGGCUUCCUAUACCCUUGCAUUAGCAAUCUCCUCAGUCGAUGGACACCGCUUUUUGAGAGAUCUCGAAUUUCGAAUUUUGUGUAUGGGGCUGCUAAUGUAGGCAUUGCGAUUUCUAUGCCAUUAACUGGGGCUAUAUGUGGUUCGAAAAGUGGUUGGCCUCUGUCGUUUUACGUCUGCGGAAGCAUCGGGAUUGCUUGGGCCAUAAUUUUUGCGAUAUUUGCCGAAAAUUCACCCUCUCAACACAAAAGAAUAUCACCGGAAGAAAGAGAGUACAUUGAGAGCAGCACUUCUAUUACUGAAACCAAGAAGAAAAUACCAACACCGUGGUUGUCCAUUUUGAGGUCUGUACCAGUAUGGGCGGUCUUUGUGGCUGGGAUUGCCCAGUGUUGGGGAGGUUUUACUCUUCUCACUGAGAUACCCAGUUAUAUGGACAGCAUUAUGCAUUUUGAUAUCAAUUCGAAUAGUCAGUUAUCUGCUCUACCCUACGUAGCUAUGUUUCUAACGGGACUAGUAGUGUCGCCACUCUUUGAUACUCUCGUUGCUAACAAUACCAUCAGUAUUACCGUUGCACGAAAAAUUUCCAAUACUCUAGCGUCGGUACUACCAGCUGCUGCUUUAACAUAUUUAGCGUUCUUGGAGGACUUUGAACCCAAUUUGGUCAACGCGUUGUUGAUUAUUGCAGUUGGUACUGCCGCGUUCCAGCAGUCAGGUUAUAUGCUCAACACUAUAGAUCUCACUCCGAACCACGCUGGUACUCUUUUCGGUUUAAUCAAUGGGAUUAACAAUAUAUUCUCACUUUUGGCACCCUUAACAGUCGGACUUCUUGGAAGCGAUAAGUCGGACCCGAUUUUGUGGAGGAAGGUUUUUCUACUUUCUGCUGGAAUUUAUAUAGCAUGCGGACUUUUCUAUGUGAUUUUCACUUCUGCGGAGGUCCAGCCGUGGAAUGAUCUAGAGAAAGAACAAGAGAAAACUGAGAAAAAGUGA